AUUUAAACAAUGCAAAAGGUGGCUAAGCUCAAUCCCCAAGUCAUAAGCCUAUUUGACGAGCAAGAGCAAUUCAAAGGAAACACCGUCCUAAACCAGAGUAGUAGCAGAACUCUUGGUAGGAAACCCUCUCUCAUCCUCAUUGAUUGUAAUGAGACUGAGUCUUCAAUCCCUUCACAGAUAAAAGAGGCUGCAAAGUCACAUACAGAAGAGAUCAAAUAAUUAUGUGCUAACUCCAGAGCACCAGCUGGAGCUUGACCUUGAGCUAGUCGAAUAUAUUGAUGAGAUCGAGAAGAAAUUCGCCCUCAGCAAGAUUAAUAGGACAUAUAAAUUCCCUAGGAGUACCAAACAAGAGUCCAAGGCUGGCUCAAGAAUUGCAAAGAUUAAUGAGAAAUAUAUGGAACAGAUUCAGAAAUUUUUAAAGGAAGAUCCCAAGUCUAAGGAAGUAAAGCUUAAAGCCCAAAGUCGGCUUGAGAGACAAGAUCGGCAUCAGAAGUUUUCCGAGUUUCGUAACCCUGCAAAUGUGUCUAUUGAUGAGGCCCAGAGAAUUCGAAAUGCUGUUACGAAGUCUCAUAUGAAUUCUAAGCGAAAUCACAAUUUAGAAAGCUUGCGGAAUAGUGCUGAAGGGUCCAGAAACAGAUCAAACCUUGAUAAGAACAUUAUGUGGGCCAAAGUCUCAAGUCCCCAAGUAGAGCAUCAAGUUAUUGGCUCAAUCUUUAACAAAUAAAAUUCAUUCUAAGAAGAUCAAUAGGAGUCGAAUGAAAGUAGGCUCAGUGAUCUCCAAAGGUUCUAAAAACAACAGCAUUAGAAACAAUCAGCUUAAGUUUGAGAAGAGAAGGCAAAGGGAUUCUCUAGCAAGCCCUUCGUCAGAUAUUCAAGUCAAUUUUCAGAAUGUCAGGUUGAACCUGAAAAUGAAAAAGAAAAGCCGCAAGCAUAUUUUCUCAGAGGAAAAGAAAAGGAAAAGAGUGGGACAUUCUAGGAGCAUCUUUGCCACAGGCAUCAAGAAGAACCAGUCAAGGCAUGAUUCGAAAAAGAGAGGGAAAAUGUCCUUAGCAAAGAAAUCAAAAGCUAAGCAUAAUUCUUCUCUUCAUAUAAGAGGAAUAUAUUCUACUAAGGAUAACAACAGUACUAAUGCUUCGAAAUAUGAUUCUUUGAGAAUGAGCACUCAUAACAGCACUAAAAAUAUGGGAACAGAUCUCAAAAAUCUCAAGACGUUUGAUAAGAACUUCGGGUUUUCUCCUAGUAGCAACACUGGGAGCCAGAAUGGCAACCAGCAAGCAAAGAAGAAUAUUGAAAAGUUCCAAUAUAGUGUGAACACGUCUUUUGAUAGAAAUAAAAUGAAAUCUCAGUACCAAUCGUUCAUCAAUCCGAUGUCCUUGAAGAUGCCGGAUGGACCAAAGAAAAUCCAGAACAAACAGGAUGUAUACAGCACAUUCUGUAAUCAGUGGUUUUCAGGACAAUUUUAUCAGCCACGGAUAGAGAAGGCGGAGAUAAAUAUUAACCAGAGAAUUCACUCAAAAGAGGUCAACAUCUCUCAUAAUCCUAAUUACCCGAUCAUGCAUUCAAAGGUCAGCUUAGAUUGAGCAAAUAUCCCCAAGAUAGACCGAAGCAAUUCUCGAAAAGCUAAACAGCGGAUUAUCGUAAAGAAGGCUGGUAGGGUAUCGUACCCUGAUAAAGCCUUGAACGUGAAGGCAAAAUCGAAGAAGAAAAAGUCACGCAAGUUAAAUAGUAUCUUAAAUCCUAAAUAUUAAAAGUGGGCUUCAUGCUCUCUUAC